CGGCUGAACACAUCGUGACGCCACGCUCACUGUGUGUUUGUUUAAGCCACGUGACAGCACAUGAACAUUCUUUCGCCGGCUAAAAUCUGAACACUAUACUUUCUUCGAGUCCAGCAUUACAGAGCUACAGGAAUAUUCAACAUCCUAUGCCUAUAACUUCUAUUUCGACUCUGGUCACCGAUGUACACGCCUGAUUUGAAUCGUUAAAACUUUUUCCCCCAGUAUUUGAACGCCCGCUGAAUCAGACGCAAGAGGUUCUGAGAAAUCGCAAGGCGUAUAUCCUGCGUUCAUCGCGCAGGCGGCGAGCUAUAACGUGUUUGUGUCUAGCCGAUAUCGCGUUCGUCUGACAGCGUACGCCGCGUCUGCUGGAGUAAUCGCAGCGUAUACGCCUGUAGCGAUAAUGUCGAGCUGUUACGUCGUCGUCGUGACUGGAGAGGUCCUUAAUGAUCACACCGGAGAUCUUAUUUUACAACAACUACGAAAAGGGUUCACUUCGUGGGAUGAAGAAAGAUCGGGGCUAGAUAUCAACAAUGAGCUACAAAAUUUUGCUGCGCAUGCUGAUACUGGAGAAGCAAGAGAAAAUGGUGAACGCGUUGUCCUACAUGAAUCUGACGGCCUCAAGAUGGAGGUGGUCAUCAACGGAUGCGUCAACACAACGAAGGACGCUAUACGAACAUGUCUAAUAUCAGGAGCCGCUUACAAGUACAUAAACUACGCCGGACCACUGUUUCAAGGCUCGGGAGCUUGGAUUCUGGCCGACGGUGUCUUUGGUUUUGCCGACUUAGUUCAUCUGUUCGCGGGAAACGACGUGCGCAAAGCGGCAGACGCGCGUCCUAACACAGAGCUUCAUAUCAGGUCGGUGCCUGAAGGUGACUGGGUAUCUAGAUCAGUUACAAAAUCCGAGCUCGAUGUGUCGUUCAACGUUUUUAUCAAUGAGGAUCACGUCAAAUUAUCUAAUCAGAUCGGCAUUGAAGACUUCACAUCCCACAUCGGUUACUUUAUAGAAGCAGAGCCGCUUGAAGAUGUAAUGGAGACAACGGUGAUAACGGGCAAUAUUCGCUUUUCUCGCCCGACGAUUUACGUGUUUCCCGCCGGUGUAGGAGAUUCGGCGUUGUUCGGCGUGAGUGGCUUCAAUAUGCUAGUCAAUGGUGGUUACAGUCGACGUCCCUGCUUCUGGGAGUUCUGCAAGCACUUAGAAAGAAUCGAUGUAGUUCUUCAGACUCACGCCGGCUCUGAUAAUCUUCACGGCCUAAGCUCUGUGCUGCAGAGAAAGGUAACUGAAGACAUCUGUCCGAAUAUAGGACACGUGUAUGCCAACAUGGGUGAGAUAACGACAGCAACGAGCACGUGCUACAGCGAGUUAAUAGUUAGCCUUACCUGCGAGUUAAAUAACGUGGCUGAUCGAUGGGAAAUGUUAGGUCUGGUACCAACUCCGUGUUUUGGAUCGUUUCCACAGCAGCCCAUAAACCUCUACCACAAAGUGGGUUAUGGGACGCUAGACAUGUAUGUACUGAAUCCCGUAAAAGAUAGCACCGAGAUUAAGGAUUUCAUGCAGCAAUGGCAGAAAAAUGUAAAAACCUUCAAAAGCAUUGAAAACAUACCUCUGCUAGAUUUCGUAUCUAUCUGCGCCCUACUUGUUUGGUAUCCCGCAGCAGAGGAAGAUGACAUUAUCAAAAUACUAUUUACUGGCAAUGCCCCGCAAUCGAAGGUGCUGGGAGGCCUUGAUAGAUUGAAAGAUCUUCGAUGUUUGCAAUAUAGUCAGUGCUCAUCAGAAUCACUUAAAUCAAAAUCAAAACUGCAAGCAAAACCAGAGUUAAAAAUAUCACCUGUAAAGCAGCCUGCUUCAACUAUUCGCAGCGCAGGUGCCGCCAAAUCGGUCACAUCGACAAACCCCAAUAUCAAACAUAAUGACACAGCUAACACUACAAAGCCUAGUUUACGGACAAGUGUGAUACAAACACCAGUGGAUAAUAUCCGAAAAAUGCCAAAGACUAACGACACAUCCUCAGAACCAAAAAGCAAAAAUGAUGCGAAGCUACCGGAGCCUCCAGUCGUUCACAGCACACCAAAGUCGACCGUCUCAGCUCCACAAGAUUUAGCUCUUUCCGCGGCAGACGACAUUGUUGCCGGCGAAGAGCAAUCCUCGUCUGAGGACGAGAUUUCUAGCAUAGAUUUUACAAAGCCUCCAGGCGUACUGCAUCAGCACACAGAGGUCACGGAUACUUGUCCCGCUUCUUUCGAGGAUCAACAGCUGGUUGAGGAUGAAGAUCACUUGCCUGCACUUUUACUGACGGGCAGUGAGGGAAAUAAUACGCCCAUGCUUCAACAAGAGCUUGCAACACCGGAAGUAAACAUCGAUGCCUUUGAUGAUAGCCAAUUUCCUACCACCGACAAAGAAUGUGGAUUGGAUUCCGAUUCCGAGCUAAGUUAUCGUUCGAUGGUUAUCGAUGGAAAUAAAACCUGCGAAGUUACUCAAUCAACUAUUUUAAGUGACCAGAGUCACACAGGCGUUAUCGAAGAGGAUGUGGCAAUUGAAGGAAUCUUGCAAAGCGAAAUUGUUAGCUCGAGCCCGGAGUUGCCUCAACAGACAAUGUAUGAGAGUCACGGCAUAACAGAAGCCGCAGAAGGUGAAGCUAAGCACAUGCAUUUAUACCAACAGUUAAAUAGUGAUAUGGUAUCAGAUAUUAAGCGGAGUUCUGGCGAAACAAAUCUGGUUGUUGACCUAGACGCAAUUCCAUGUCACAGCUCGGACAUGUCUGCAACGGGCGACGUCUGUGUUGGGUCUAAUAGCCAGGGAACUGACCAACCGCACGAAAAAUCCUUAACUGCAACUGGAAUAACAGAAAUCCAUGCAGAACAUGAGGUUAUUGACACUCAGGUUAUGGCUAAAAACAAUAACAUGGGUGGUAAUAUAGGGAAUGCGGUAUCCAGCGAAAUUGCGAGUUCCCAUGAGGAGGUAACCACAACUACAGGAAUAGUACCCACAGAAGAAGAUAGUGAAAGUAUAUUAGAAAGCCAGUUAAAGCUUGAUGAAUGUUCGCCGGAAGCUGGAGGAAAUGCGGGUAAUGUAAAAUGCAAUGAAGCAACCGUAACCGAAUCACCAAUAUCAACUGAUUGCCACGAAAUACACGAGAGUCCACUGGAGCGUGCGCGAAAAGAAGUUGAGAGUGCUGGGAUUUCGAUGGAAGAACCACUCGUUUUCCCCCCUGAUUCACAGUGCAGUCAUGAACUGCUAAGCCCUAUUGAGGAAGAACAGGAGCUUAUUAACUCAGGAAUGAUGGACUCAGCUGCAAAAGAUGUGACAAUCGAUGAAUGCAUUUCUCCGCAUGUUGAAACACCUAUUGCCAACCUGCAGCCUUUGGCAAGCAUAUCCAAUAUAGCAGGCGAAAGCACAUGGCCAGAAGACAAAUUACCUACGACAAGUCCCAUAGAUACAGGAGAUGCAAACAUUGAUUGUCAGGCAGUGAUGGAACAGGAUUCUCAUCACCCAUCGACGAGCGACGACAACAUCCCAGGUAGCAUUUCAACUAAAGAUCCUGUUGGUGAUCGGUACACAGGGGAACUCAUAGCACAAAGCGAGGAACCUAUAGAAGGAUUGCAGUCAACUGAGUUCUCAGAUAUAUCAGAAAUGAAGGAGAAAGAAUUUACGCCAAUACUCGGAGAUGCGUCUCAUUCAGUUGAACAAGUCGCAGCCGACUUCGCUAUAGGAAUCACUGAUUCAAGUACCAAUCGCAAUGCCGAAAAGCAAGGGAUGUCUCUUACACCAGAUCUGUUAGAUGGGCCGGAGCAGAUAGACGACAUCACUGAUGUAAGCAAAGAUGCUGCUGGAUCGGACGUGGCACUGCUAAACAACUCGCUAAAAGCACCACUCAAUGAAUUGGAUGCUCAACAACACUCGGAUAACAGUUCUAUAAACGCGGCUAGCAGUAAUACUGCUUCAGAGACGGAUCAUCGACUCGCUGCAAUGGACGACCAGCCAUCCCAUUCUGAAUUAUUUGAUAAUGUUAUAUUAGGAGCCGACGAUACAAGUGUUUUCCAAAGCCAUCCAACGCACACCCUGGCCCAAGCCGCUCUGCCAGAUUAUGAAAUGCGCGAGUAUACAUCACCGUCAAACGUGAUGGAAGCGCAACCGACACUAAACCCGAAUGCUGAUACGUUCGUCCCACCUUGCAGAUCUACACCUACUGAUAUCCAGACAUGCAACGAACAGGAAUCAUCACCUAUGUUGCAGCAAAGGUUAAACCCGGAGGCGGACCCAUUCCUACUACCUAUGUUCGACUCUACGAAUAGUGCUUUUGACCCUCAUGCCAGUCUCAAUCCUUUUGCUUCGGCAUUCAUUCCAACUCAAUCACCACCAACUUCGGACACCCAAGAAUACAAACCACGAUCAAGUCAGAGCCAGAUCCCAGAAAAUAUAGAAAGCACUGAGCUUGGCGCCCUGGAUGACCCAACCUCAGAUUGGGAACCAAUGGGUCUUCCUACUCCUCCUCCAACAACAACAACAAAAACGACAAGUAGGCAACCUAAUACAAAGAAUACUGAACAGAAAACAGGUUUGAGGGCGUCGUCAUCAGCUACGAAAGCGAAAACUCAAGUUAAACUUACAGAACGAUCUGUGGAAGCCGGCCACAAAACCAACGUCACAGCUGAUCGUAAACGAAGCGGAGUUUCGAAACCAGAAGCAAGAAUUCCCCAAACCGCAGAACAAUCAAAGUUGGCUGUGAAACCAGGCUUAAAGGCGACUGCAUCAGUCGAUAGCACUCGUGCGCAGGUCAGACAAACAGCAUCAAAACCCAUUACAACCUUAAAAAAAGAACAAGUUCCGAAGGCACUUGCAGCAAAACGACCAAUUGGACAAGCAAUCGCAACCACGCCUCUGAAAACUAAACCAGUUAGUGCCGUUGUUCCCGUGUAUCUAAAUUUAGCCUACAUACCGGCGCAUGGAAAGCAGCGGUAUGUUGAUAUUGGAUUUUUCAAAACAGUGCGCGCCAGAUAUUAUGUUUACAGCACUCGCAAUCCUUCUCUUCAUAUCUUCAAUACCCUGCUCGAGGCGAAAAAUACGUGGGACGACAAGGGCAUGCUCACCACAGUUAUUCCAACAUACGAUGAUAAUGAUGAAUUGGUUCAUUGGGUGGCACUGCAUAAAGAGGAAUUAGCCCAGUUGAACAUUGAAAUUGCGCCGGCUGCUUUCAGGUGCUCAGUAAAUCUACAAGACCACGAAUCUUGCUGCGCUGCCUAUAGGCUAGAAUUCUAAUAAUCACUUUGUAACUGAAUUGAGAUAUUACUGUUAAUAAUCAAUGAACGCAUAAAAAUGUCCAUGAUUGGUAUGAGAAGUUUAGCACCAUUACUCUGCUAUAGUCAAUUAAAAAAUAUCUCAUAAAUCCAAUUAAAUCCCAUUGUUAACUUUAGGGAGCUCUCACUGUUAGGCUGUAUUACGCAUUACAAGUAUUGUAACAUUUUUUUCAUAUUAAAAUGUCACAGCUUGAAUUUACAUAUAUUAGAUAGUAUAUGAUAUCCCUGUCAUAUUACUGCUGCUACUACUAGUACUACUACUACUACUAC